AUGGGUGCCGACAAGACGAUGUUCUACUACGAACCGGAGAAGAGGGAGAUCAGCGUGGCGCAGUACUUCCAGGUGGCCUACAAGAUCGCGCUCAAGCUGCCACGGCUGCCAUGUGUCAACACCUCCAAGGACGUGACCAAGCUCGUGUGGCUGCCCAUCGAGUUUUGCCACAUCCUGCCGGGGCAGCGCAAGCGCAUGCUGCAGGACGAGCGCCACACCACCGCCAUGCUGCGCUUCGCCGGCCUCAAGCCCCAUGAGCGUGCCCGCUACCUGAAGGGUGCGCGGGUGAAAGAGGAUGACGUGGUGUCCAACCCGCGCCUGGCCAACUUCAACGCCGAACCAGCAGUGCAGCGGUUUGGCAUGCAGAUCGCACAGGACAUGGUCAACGUGCAGGGCCGCAUCCUGGACCCACCCAAGCUGGCCUACGGCAAGCCUGAGGCCCUGGACCCUGGGACCCAGGGGGCCUGGAACCUUCGGCAGGUCGAGUUUCCUGUCGCCGCCCCCCUGUCGUCGUGGGCGUGUGUAAGCCUCAUGGACCAGUCGGAGGUGGACCUGCAGGAGGGCCACCCCCAGUCCCUCAAGACGUUUGUGGCGGAGCUGGUCAGCAUGUGCAACAGCUGCGGCAUGAAGACCGUGGUGCCCCCCAUCAUCCACUUUGACCACUCCUACAGCGUGGGCGAGCACAUCAGCUAUGCAGUAGAGGAGGCACAGAACACCUUCAAGGCGAAGUGCAAGCUGGUGCUGGUGCUGCUGCCGAGCAAGGGCAAGGACACCUACCAGGCCGUCAAGCAGGCCUCCGACAGCGAGUGCUCGGUGCCAACACAGUGCUUCGUGGCGCAGAAGGCCGGCGUGGGCCGCAGCAGCCCUCCUGCCAAGGGCCGGCUGCAGUACUGCGCCAACCUGGCUCUUAAGAUGAACGUCAAGGUGGGCGGCACCAACGUGAAGCUGCUGGGGGACCUGAAGCAAAUGCCCGUGCUGGGCAGCAACCAACCCUUCAUGAUCAGCGCGGACGUGACCCACCCAACAGGCUUUGACAGCAGCGAGCCCUCCAUCGCGGCCGUCACCGCAUCAUACGAGUGGGCCAUGCUGCUGAACUUCUACCGCCGCACCAACAGCAACAAGCCCGCGGCCAUCAUCUACUACAGGGACGGUGUCGAUGAGGGCCAGUUUGCCGCGGUGCUCAAGGAGGAGUACACGGCCAUACGCAGCGCCUGCCAGGGCCUGGAGGCGGGCUACACCCCGCGCAUCACAUUCGUGGUGGUGCAGAAGCGCCACGCCACCCGCCUCUUCCCCAAGGAUCGCAGCGGAGAGGACCGCUCCGGCAACACCCUGCCCGGCACAGUCCUCGACGCUGGCAUCUGCUCGGCCGCCGGCUUCGACUUCUUCCUCAACUCUCACGCCGGCCUGCAGGGCCACAACAAGGCCUCGCACUACCAGGCACGCAGGCCCUCACAUGUCCUGGUGGACGAGAACGGCUUCAGCGCAGACGGGCUGCAGCUGCUGACCUACUGGCUCACGUACCUCUACGCGCGCUGCACGCGCAGCGUGUCCUACCCCCCUCCCUACCUGGCCCACCUGGCGGCGUUCAGGGGCCGCCUCAUGCUGGACGUGCCGGACAGCGGCAGCGAGUCGUCGCGCGGCAGCAGGGGGGGCCGGCCCGCCCCCCUGCUGUCCAUCAAAGACGACUUUUCAGACACCACCAUGUUCUACGUGUGA